AUGAAGUUCAUCAUUGCCGCCACCCUUGCAGUUCUCUCUGGAGCUUACGCUGCUGAGUCUGCCUCUACCACCAUCACCUGCCCUGAGUGUCACGCAGCCGCUACCCAGCCUGAUAUCGUCACUCGAUCUGCGCUUCCUACUACAUCUUGCACUGCGUUGCCCUUGACCGUUGUCACCAACACCAAGGGUGGCUCCGGAGUUGCUGCUCCUACUGGAGCUGGCACUGGAGCUGCCUCUACUCCUACCGCCCAGGUUCCUGUCAAUGCUGCCGGUGUAAACAAGGUCAGCGGUGGAGUUGCUGCUGCUGCUGCCCUCGCUGCCGUUUACAUGCUGUAA